AUGUAUAAGCAAAAGUAUAAGGAUAAGCAAAAUGGGUCUCUAGGUAUAACCUGUUUUGCAUACUGGGUGGUUCCUUUUACUAGCUCUGAAGAGGACAAGAUCGCAACUCAGAGAGCCAAAGAUUUCUAUUUAGGCUGGGUUCUGAAUCCACUGGUGUUUGGAGAUUAUCCUGACGUGAUGAAGAGAAUCGUUGGAAAAAGAUUGCCAAGUUUUUCGGAACAAGAAUCUGUUCUCGUUAAAGACUCAUUCGACUUCUUGGGACUCAUACGCUACACAACAAGAUACAUCAAACACUUAUCCAUUUCCGGCCAAAGGAGAUUAUACUUCAGACAUGAAUGCUUCAUGUAUGGGAAUUUUACACUGCCCGAGAUUGAUGUGCUUCCUUGGGGUCUUGAAGGAGUGUUGAACUACAUUAAGCAGAACUAUGGCAAUCCUCCUGUCUACAUUCUUGAAAACGGUCUGUUGACCUACCAACCACCAUUCAUCGCUUCACGACGUGGAAAGAGUGGAAUACCUUCAUGCUUACAUUACUGCCGUGCUCAACUCAGUGAGGUGUGUGAAUAUGCUCUUUGA